GGUGAGGUUUUGGAGAUAGAGUUUCAAUUUUUUUUUUGUUUAAAAAAAAUAUUUAAAAUUUAAAAAUAAAAAAAAGACUAUUUUGGUUUUAUCUCAGUUUAUCUAAGUUUCAGAAUAAUAAAAAUUAUGGAUUUAUCUGAGUUUUUCCUUUUCCUUAAAAAAAGGAAGAAUGUAUUCCAAAAAUUGACCUUAUUCCUAAAACAAAAGGUUAAAACCUCUAGUGGGUGAGUUUAUUCCAAAUCACUAAAGGAUUCUAACCCGUGGAUAUGUAUAUAUAUAUAAUACACACAAUGCAAGGAUGAAUCAGAUAUAGAGAGCGAUAGAGAAAAAUUGAGCUCUAAGGAAAGAAAAUAAAAGAUGAUAGAAAUCAAAGUGAAGACUCUGACAGGUAAAGAAAUAGAAUUUGAGAUCGAUCCAAUGGACACGAUUGCUAGAAUCAAGGAAAGAAUUGAAGAAAUAGAAGGGAUUCCUCCUCUUCAACAAAGGAUAAUCUACACUGGUAAACAACUUGCUGAUGACCAAACCGCCAAACAUUACAACGUCGAACGUGGUUCUAUUCUUCAUCUUGUUCUUGCUCUUAGAGGCGGGUUUUGACGUUCUAAUUACCCUAUUCAGUUUACGGCUAUACUAGGGUUUUGAUCUUCCUUUUUUGUUCUUUUGCUAAUCGGUUGUUUAUGUUUAUUGACUAUUGGUUUGUCUUUUUUUCUGUUGGAUUUGUUGAUAUUAAUUGACGUUGUUCAUGGA